GCGGCGCGAACCGAGGCGCGCGGGGCGCCGGAGGGCCUUGUCAGCGCGCGGAGUUUGGAUAGUGGUUCUGCCCGGCGCGGCGAGAGCUCCGGUGAGGAUCAUGGCUGCUGUUCCCCUGAACAAUCUACAAGAACAACUGCAGCGCCACUCAGCCAGAAAACUUAAUAAUAAACUCAGCCUUUCAAAACCAAAAUCUUCAGGUUUUACUUUUAAAAAGAAAACAUCAGAAGGUGAUGUGUCUCUUACUAGUGUGUCUGUGGUAAAAACACCUGCACUGAGUGAUAAAGAUGUCAAUGUGUCUGAGGCCUUUUCAUUCACCGAGCCUUCACUCCACACGCCGAAGCAGCCACCGAGGAUCCAUGACUUCUUUAAAACUUCUGGAGGACAGCAAACCAAGGGGACCUGUUCCGAAGCUUCACUGCUGGAUGUGACACAGAUUCCUCAGGAAGUGUUACGUACUACCCAAAAAAACUCAACAGCAAAGAAACCCAACGUUGCUGUCUUCAAGAAAUUAGACUUUAGUUCUUCGCUAGAUUCCCUCAAUGAUUGGGCUGAUAUAGACGACUUUGAUAUUUCAGCAUCAGAUGCAUUUGUUUCACUGACCAAAAAUCCUGUCACAAGAGUGAGCACUGUUCAGAAAUCGAAAAAGACUAAGAAAAACUUUUUUAAACCACCACCUCAUAAAGCAACUACAGCAAAGGCUGACUCGACUCCUUUUUCCCAUGAAAGCUUUCAAGUGGAUUUAACCAAGGAACAGGAGGAUGAGUCAGAAUGCCUAAGUAAUGAUGUGAUUUGCAUCGACAAUGAACCUGCUUCUGAAGAGCUCAUGAAGAAAGAUACUCAGGAAAGUCAGUCUUUGAAAACUCAUUUGGAAGUUGAAAGAGAUAAUAGUGAAAAGAACGAUGUAGAUGAAGUUGAAUUACAUGAUGACGAUGAUUAUGAUAUAGAUUUUGUUCCACCUUCUCCAGAAGAAAUUAUUUCUACUUCUUCUUCGUCUUUGAAAUGCUCCAGGGAUCUUGAUGACUCUGACAAAGAAAAAGACACUCUUAGCACCUCAAAAGAUCUUUUGGCAAAACCAGAGGAAAUGACUACACAGGAACGGGAUCCAGGAACCAAUACAGACUGUGAUGGUAGACAGAUGAAUGUUCAGCAACAGCUUAUUCAUGUGAUGGAGCACAUCUGUAACUUAGUUGAUACUGUUCCUGUUGAUGAGCUGAAAGCUUUGAAUUGUGGGAAUGAGCUACUUCAACAGCGAAGCAUAAGAAGAAAACUUCUGGCUGAAGCAGACUUUUUUGGAAAUGAUGUCAGUCUUCUGGGUUCACUGUGGAGGCACAGGCUUGAUUCACCUGGUAACACUGUGCAGGGUGAUUCCUGCCUUGUGGAGCAUCCUAUUAAAGAGUUAAACUCUCCAAACCCUUCCUCACACUCCCUUUCCACUGAGGAAUGUUUACCGACCACCACUCCAGGAAAGACAGGAUUCUUAGCCACCCCGAAGAAUCUCUUUGAAAGGCCGUUAUUGAAUUCCCAUUUACAGAAGUCCUUUGUAAGUAGCAACUGGGCUGAAACAUUAAGGAUGGAAAAGAGAAACGAAAGCACUUCUUUCCCAGGAAAUGUUCUCACAAGCACCACUGUGAAAGAUCAGAAUAAACAUGCUGCUUCAGGAAAUAACGUAGAGAGAGAGGUCCAGGCUUCCUAUGAGAUUGAUAAUUUUAACAUUGAUGACUUUGAUGAUGAUGAUGAUGAUGAUGAGUGGGAAAAUAUAAUGCACAGUUUUUCGGCCAACAAAUCUUCCACAGCUGCCUACCCACCUAUCAAGGAAGGUAGGCCAGUUAAAUCUCUGUCAGAGAGGAUUUCUUCAGCCAAGACAAAGUCUCUUUCAGUGGCAUCAACUGCUCAAAAUAAAAACCUCUCAGAGUCAACUCAGAAUCACACUGAUAACUUGGCACAAAAUUUAUCAUCAAAAAAUCUGAAACAUGAACAUUUUCAAAGUCUUAAUUUUCCACAUACAAAAGAAAUGAUGAAGAUUUUUCAUAAGAAAUUUGGCUUGCAUAAUUUUAGAACUAAUCAGCUAGAGGCGAUCAAUGCUACGCUGCUUGGUGAAGAUUGCUUUAUCCUAAUGCCCACUGGAGGUGGUAAAAGUUUGUGUUACCAGUUACCUGCCUGUGUUUCUCCUGGAGUCACUGUUGUCAUUUCUCCUUUGAGAUCACUAAUAGUAGAUCAAGUCCAAAAGCUGACUUCCUUUGAUAUUCCAGCUACCUAUCUGACAGGAGAUAAGACUGACUCAGAAGCUGCAAAUAUUUAUCUCCAGUUAUCAAAAAAAGACCCAAUUAUCAAGCUUUUGUAUGUUACUCCUGAAAAGGUCUGUGCAAGUAACAGGCUGAUUUCUACUCUGGAGAAUCUGUAUGAGCGGAAGCUCUUGGCACGUUUUGUAAUCGAUGAAGCACAUUGUGUGAGUCAGUGGGGUCAUGAUUUCCGUCAAGAUUACAAAAGGAUGAAUAUGCUUCGCCAGAAGUUCCCUUCUGUUCCAGUGAUGGCUCUUACUGCCACAGCAAAUCCCAGGGUACAAAAGGACAUCCUCACUCAGCUGAAGAUUCUCAGACCUCAGGUGUUUAGCAUGAGCUUUAACAGACACAAUCUGAAAUACUAUGUAUUACCAAAGAAGCCCAAAAAAGUGGCAUUUGACUGCCUAGAAUGGAUCAGAAAACAUCACCCAUAUGACUCGGGAAUAAUUUACUGCCUCUCCAGGCGGGAAUGUGACACAAUGGCUGACACCUUGCAGAGAGAUGGUCUUGCUGCUCUGGCUUACCACGCAGGCCUCAGCGAUUCUGCCAGAGAUGAGGUGCAGCAGAAGUGGAUCAACCAGGACGGCUGUCAGGUUAUCUGUGCAACAAUUGCGUUUGGAAUGGGAAUUGACAAACCUGAUGUGCGAUUUGUGAUUCAUGCAUCUCUUCCUAAAUCUGUGGAGGGCUACUACCAAGAAUCUGGCCGAGCUGGAAGAGAUGGGGAGAUAUCUCACUGCGUGCUUUUCUAUGCCUAUCAUGAUGUCACCAGACUGAAGAGACUUAUAAUGAUGGAAAAAGAUGGAAACUAUCAUACGAAAGAAAUGCACUUCAAUAAUUUAUAUAGCAUGGUACAUUACUGCGAAAACAUAGCAGAAUGCAGAAGAAUACAGCUUUUGGCUUACUUUGGUGAAAAAGGAUUUAACCCUGAGUUUUGUAAGAAACACCCAGAUGUUUCUUGUGACAAUUGCUGUAAAACAAAGGAUUAUAAAACAAAAGAUGUAACUGAUGACGUGAAAAAUAUUGUAAGAUUUGUUCAAGAACACAGUUUAUCAUCAGGAACAAGAAAUGCAGGUCCUUCUGGAAGGUUCACUCUAAACAUGCUGGUUGACAUUUUCUUGGGGAGUAAGAGUGCAAAGAUUCAGUCGGGAAUAUUUGGAAAGGGGUCUGCUUAUUCACGACACAAUGCCGAAAGACUUUUUAAAAAGCUGAUCCUAGACAAAAUUUUGGAUGAAGACUUAUAUAUCAAUGCCAAUGACCAACCAAUUGCCUAUAUGAUGCUAGGAACUAAAGCCCAAAGUGUGCUAAAUGGCCACUUGAAGGUGGACUUCAUGGAAACGGAAAAUUCAAGCAGUAUAAAAAAACAAAAAGCUUCAGUGACCAAAGUAUCCCAGAGAGAAGAGGUAGUUAAGAAAUGUCUUGGAGAACUUACAGAAGUCUGCAAAUUGCUGGGGAAAGUUUUUGGUGUUCAUUACUUCAAUAUUUUUAAUACAGCCACUCUCAAGAAGCUUGCAGAAUCUUUAUCUUCUGAUCCUGAGGUUUUGCUUCAGAUUGAUGGUGUUACUGAAGACAAGCUAGAAAAAUAUGGUGCAGAAGUGAUUCCAGUUCUACAAAAAUACUCAGAAUGGACACUGCCCGAGGACAGUUCCCCAGGCAGAAGCCUCAUGGGCAGCAGAGGCACUGGAGGGAGCACCCUGGAUGAGACUGAUGAGGAGCAAACACCUGUAUCUUCUCACUACUUUGCAAAUAAAACAAGAAAUGAAAGAAAGCGGAAGAAAAUGCCAGCCUCCCAAAAGCCUAAGAGGAGAAGAACUAGUUAUGGUGGCUUCAAAGCAAAGGGGGGCUCUACUACAUGCAGAAAAGUAUCUUCUAGAAGUAAAUUCUCUGGUGUAACAGGAUCCAGCUCAGCUUCAUGUGCUUCUCAAGCAACAUCAACAGCCAGUAGAAGAUUGGGGAUUAUGGCUCCUCCGAAGCCUGUAAAUAGAGCGUUCCUCAGGCCUUCAUAUGCAUUUUCCUAACAGCACUUCUCAGCACUUAGAUCUUGCUUGUCGGCAUCUGACCAUCUGUGAAUAGAAAGCUGUUAGUCUUGUUAACAGCAUUUGAAGUUUUCACUCCUAUCUAUUAAUAUUUAAAUGUAUCUCUCGUGUGAUAGUUCUUAUUUUUAAAUAAACAUUUUCUUUGCUGCUGCUGCUGCAAAUGUA